GUGAGCUGGACACACUUUCUCCAGCAGCCACUAAAGCAUUUCCCAAUUUGCAGAGAGCAGCAGGCACAGCCCUGGCUGAGCAGGCUCUCCCACAGGCUCUCCAGCAAACCACUGCUCCUCCAGUUCCUGUCCAAUUCCCAAAGCCAUCUUUUCCCUGUAAGGCCAUCUUCCCAAGCUAUCCCAGUGGAUUAUAUAUCUGUUCCAAAACUUCAGUUAUGUGCAGGAAAAAUUAAUGGGAAAACCCAAGUUUUAGGUCAGCAUGCGCAAUAGCAAAGGGAGCUGCAGUGUCUGAGCUGACAGCUCCCUGUGCCCUCAGUUUAGCAAUGCAAUAGCCUGACUUCACUCUCUAAACAGACUGCAGCAAGCCAACCAGGACUCAAAGCAGCUGGAACCAGCAAUGAGGGGCCUGGCAGGGUUCCUGCUGUGCUCGUGGCUGCUGCUGGCCCCCAACUCCAUAGGGGUGGCUGCCCAGGAGACCCCCCAGCCUGACCCCAAAAUGCCAUGUGCCAACUGGAUGGGAGGAGCACCCGGCUACCCUGGCCACAACGGUGCCCCCGGCCGGGAUGGGAAGGAUGGAAGAGAUGGACUCAAGGGAGAUAAAGGAGAUGAAGGUCCUGCAGGUCCCAAAGGUGAACCAGGCCCAGUAGGGAGCCGAGGCUUUCCCGGACCCCCUGGAUCUCCUGGAAUUCCUGGAAUCCCAGGGCAGAAGGGCAAAGAUGCUUUUGUGCAGCGCUCUGCCUUCAGCGUGGGGCUGACGGAGCACAGCCCGGCCCCCAACGUCCCCAUCCGCUUCAGCAAGAUCUUCUACAACGAGCAGGGCCACUAUGACCCCAGCACGGGCAAGUUCCUCUGCAACGUGCCUGGCACCUACUUCUUCUCCUACCACCUCACUGUGUACCUGUCAGACGUCAAGGUCAGCCUCUACAGGAAGGACAAGGCCGUCAUCUUCACCUACGACCAGUUCCAGAACAACAACGUGGACCAAGCCAGCGGCUCCGUCCUGCUGCACCUCAGCUCUGGGGACGAGGUCUGGCUCCAGGUGUAUGGGAACGGGGACAAGAAUGGGGUCUAUGCUGACAACCUCAAUGAUUCCACCUUCAUGGGCUUCCUCCUGUACCCUGACCCAGAUACCUACUAAAGUAGGGGGUGCUGUGUGGAAAAGGAGGAGGUGGCUUAACCCUGGGUGCGUCCUGGGGCACUGGCGCUAUAGCUGUAAUGUAUUUACCAAAAAAUUGCCUUUUGCCAAGAGGGGACCCUAUCUCCUGUGAAAUCACUGAGGUCAUACCAGUACUUGCAUGGAAGCAAGAGUUCACUCCUACCUCUGCUCUUGCUUUCCUGCGGAAACAUCAGCCCAAAGUCAGACACCACUCCUGUCAUGUCAUGAAAAGCUCUCAACAUGGCUUAACCUUCCUUUAAAUUUAGAAGUGAGAAGAGAAAAAUUGGUUGCAUUUAAAUGUGACAUUCUAAAUUUCCCUUUUUUAGCCACCUAAAUCCAUUUAAACCAAUUGUAGGAAUUUUACUCAGCAUUUUAAAGUUUGAGUAGAAGAAGAGUGCUCUUGUAUUCAGCUGAAACAGAUGGCUCAGUUUUUUGUAACUCCCACUUAUUAGGGCCUUUGACUUCCACUCCUGGUUUGUUGUCUCCCUUUAUUCUGCCCAGAUCUUUGAAAAUAUUCAGGUUAUUAACAUCCACUGAUUUUAAUCCUUUGAUUUUCUUUUUAUGUUUAUCCCCUGUUGUUAUCUCUAAUGCAGACAGCAGGCUGGUUUAGGGCAGGGAUCUUCUCUUGGGGUUUAUCUGAGAAGCCUUGUGAGCACCGGUGAGGCCACACAAUGAAAGCAGCCCAUUGACUGUGUGGUUUUGGGGGUUCUGAGCUGACCACAAAGAUCCUGUCCCAUUUCCCCUCUACACAGCUCCCAGGAGCAGGCAGAAGUUGAGAUCUAUCAGCUGUGUUUGUCCUUUUCCAGGCUCUAAGUGUGCCACAAGCCAUGGUUUGCCCACCAGCUGGGCACAGCUUUGGGUGGUGUUGAAGCCUCCCAUGUGGAAUGGGCUCCCAGGAUGAGCACCCCCAUCCCUGCCCCAGCUUUGGGCAAAGUUACCUGCAUGCAGAAGAGUGUUAAGGCUGGAAUUAGUGUCAAUCCCAUCAAACUGCUCCCCAAGGAGCUUGCUUGACUUUUAGCUAAAAGAGGAUUUGAUGGUUUCUCAGAUACAUUCUAAGAAGACUCCUGGUACUGAGCUUCAGAGCCAGCUAACACAGAGCAGAGCUAAUGCAGUAUCACAAGCACAAAACAGCUUCAAGAGCUUCAGCUGAAAUUACUUGCAACAUCAUUUUCCACACUCCAGUGAAUUACCACACUGCAAAUAAAAAACAAUAAAAAGCUCUCUCAAUGAGAA